AUGAAUUCAUCCCGCCACGGAUCUGUGGAUUCUUCCACUGCCGAUUUUCAGGCUGCGCACAAGUCUGCUCCAUUCGCUAGCAAGCAUCCCAAGGGAUUUGGCGAAAUGGUGCUGAUCGAUGGCAUCAGCAUCGAGAAGACGUACCUAUUACCUGUGCCCAAUCUCCGAGAGUGGCUGCCAGAUAAAGACAGCCAGCUCUGCAACCGCCGCAAGCUUGACACUCAGUCCGAGGGAUCAGUGGAGAGAAAAAGUACGUACAACAAAAUUAUGGGUGAAUCUGACGUGAUUUUAGGCGAUAUUCGUCGCAACGACUCACAGCAGGCCGUUUCACGCGCCUAUGUGCGUGCUGGUCCGCGCGAGAACACAUAUUUUGACCCUUCAAAGGUGAAGGCUGCAGUCGUGACGUGUGGCGGUCUAUGCCCCGGCCUUAACAAUGUCGUGCGAGAUGUCACUCUCGCUUUGUGGAACCUUUAUGGCGUGCGCGAAAUUUAUGGGAUUCGCAUGGGUUUUGCCGGCUUUUCAAACUGGACGUCAAUGGACCAGAAAGAGGCCCCCAUUAUGCUGACCCCAAAGAGCGUGGCAAGCAUUCACCACUAUGGUGGCACUAUUCUGGGUUCUAAUCGUGGCGGAUUCGAUCAGGACAAGAUCAUUAACUUCUUGACUACACAUGGCGUUUCGCAAUUGUAUGUAAUUGGUGGUGACGGUACCCAUCGUGCGGCUAACAAGAUAUCAGAUGAAUGCCGUCGCCGCAAACUGGCGGUUGCUGUUGCAGGUGUGCCCAAGACCAUCGAUAAUGAUGUAGACCUCCUAGACCGCAGCUUUGGUUUCAACACGGCGGUCGAGGAGGCUCAACGUGCUAUUCGAUCAGCCAGCACAGAGGCUCGUUGUGUGCCCAAUGGUAUUGGUGUUGUUAAGCUUAUGGGCCGCAGUGCUGGCUUUAUCGCGGCACACGCUUCGCUUUCCAGCGGUGAUGUAAAUUUGUGUCUGAUUCCAGAGAUUCCUAUCGAGUUGGAGGGACCUCGAAGCUGUUUAGACCAUCUUGAACGUGUUGUUGAGGAUCAGGGUCACGGUGUGGUUGUUGUUGCAGAAGGCGCUGGCGAAGAGUUGCUUGGAACAUCAGUAGAGGCCGAUGCUGGCGGCAAUAAGAAAUUACCACCUGUUGGUGCAUUCAUGAAGGACCGUAUCCAGGAACACUUUGCCAAAAAAGGCAAGGUUUGUACUGUCAAGUACAUUGAUCCCUCGUACAUGAUCCGUUCGGUACCCGCGAACGCCGCUGACAGUCUGUACUGCAUGUUGUUGGGCCAAAACGCCGUACACGGUGCCAUGGCGGGUUAUACUGGCUUCACAGUCGGCCUCAGCGCGAAUCGUGUUGUGUAUUUUCCCAUUGAAGCUGUCACGCGCAACUCACCGCGUUGCAUGGACCCUUUCGGCCGCACUUGGGAACGGGUGCUGUGUUUAACGCGUCAGCCCAACACUGCCCGUGCGGGCAACAUUACGGGUGCUAAGUCCUCCGACUGA